AUGUUGAACCUGAAAUUCAACGAAACACACGCCGUAAUAAAUACAGAAGGUAGAGACGGAUAUGAGAGCUACUAUUUAGAGAAAGGAAAUAGCAAUAGAAUGUACCUCGCUUUGCGUUCAGAGAUACGAACAGAAACCAAUUGGGCCUUGUCGAGGCUGUUGCACAUUAGCAAGGAUUUCCCUACAGAUUUUAGUAUAAAAGGUUUGGAUGGUUUAGUUGAGUCAUUGCUUGAAUUCCCAUUGGAUACCUCCAAGUUGUUACUCAAUACGGAAGACAGCUAUUCUAUCAAAGAUAGUCUACACCAGGCAAGCGAUGCUGUUACUAUAUUAUUCAAUCUUUCACUUAAUGAUGCCAACGCGCAUAUUAUUCACCAACAUCAACGUCUCAUUCUUGGCUUAUGUCAGCGUUAUUUACGUAUAAGUCAACAAACUGAUAUUGCGAAUGAAAUCACACUUAAUUUACUCAAUAUACUUGAUUCGAUAGCUGAUAUUAUGUCUGAAAUUCCAAAGAAUCCUUUACUCGGUAUGAUCGCCAAUCUCGUUUACACGAAAGACAGGGCAUUUAUACUAGUUGCUAUAAAAUUAUUAAGCACUUUCGCCAAUAAGAACACACCAGUAAAGAGAUUUGAGGAUGUAGCUCAAAGCGUAUUCCCGCAAAUCGUCGAAUGUUGUCUUGUCCCGGACGCAUACCUCCGAGCAGCUUCCCUUGAAUUCAUAUAUGCAACAGCAUCCCGUAUUCCUGAAAUACUCAGGUUAUUAAUGACAUACAAAGAAUUACCAAUAUUAAUCAAAACCUUCGCUUACAUGCUUUACAAUGAAACAACCGAAGAAUUCCGUAUGCAGACUUUCAAAGAAGGUACGACAACUCAGUUCGCAAGACCUCAACCAGAGUUCUUAAACGAGGAGGACAGAGAGCGUAUUGGACAAAUGAAUGAGCCUACAAGGGCGAUUGAGUGGAUAAAAACCCUAUUUGAGGAGAAAGAGGGUGCUGAAUUCGAACAAAAUCGCGUACAUCCAAUAUACGAGCAGACAUUCAGAUCCUUUGAAAUUCCACUGCAAAAAGGGGAUGAACUGGUUAAAUUAUUCCCUCAGAUAUUCAGAUCAGCGAAAAAUAUCACAAGGAACGACGGUAAUUACUGGAUAAAGAACGUCAAAUUGAAAACUUCAGUAUCUCCAUUUACUUGUUUAUGGGGAGAUGACAACACGGUGUUUGAUUCAGCUGAUGCGUUGUUCAACUAUAUUGUAAACACUUACAUCGACGUACCCGAACCUCCCGUGACGUUCAGUUGGGCUGGUGAACUCUUCUCAAUCGACUCAACAUCAAAUAUACCAGCAAAGGUUCAACUGAAGGCAAAAUUACUAACGCUCAUGCCAUUAUCAUUAUAUGAGCGAGAGAAUGAUGCAAUCGUCACUGUCGAAAAAGGUACAGAAAUUGAAGAUCUCAAAAAUCCAACAAAGAGAGCUGUUAUCAAAUCACUACCAGGCGCUGGUGUACUAUAUACUCAAUUACAUGUCCCACAUGAUCAACAAGGGUUCCCUAGGGGUAUAGCUUAUCAAGCAGCCUUACUUAUUCGUCUACUCGCCCAAAAGUCUAAUCCGUUCGCUAAGAAUGUUCAACAAACCGACGAAGCGAAUAGACCAGAAUCUAAAGGAUAUUUCGGUUUACCUAUUCCAACCAACUUCGAAGAACAACAAAAUCAAUCGCAAACUAACGAUCAAGAAUACAUAGAAACUUACCCAGAAGUAACAAAAUUACUUUCUUUAUUCACUAGAAGACCAUUAGCUGAUGUUGGAUUAAGAUCUGUUAGUUUAUUAUCUGAUGUUUGCUUAGAAGCUUUCGAAUUCAUUCAAGAUGAUAGUUUUGGUAGUUUGAUUGUCGAAACUGUUUAAAUUAUUUUGUAAAAAAAAUGUAAAUGAA